UAUAAAAACAAGAUUCCAUUUCGAUCUCCCUUCCUCACCUCUCAAAUUCUGAUUCGCUCCCAGUCCGCGGCGUGUGCCCUCCUCCGCCAGAAAAAACACUUCCAAGUACUAACCAAUUAAUGCAAUCUAAACUGUGCUGAUUCGGCGCCAUCGGGAGUGGAACAACGACGAACCAUGGAAUUAGCAUCGUGCUUCUUCUUCUGCGGCGGCGGCGGCGCCUCCACCUUCGCUCCCAAGUCCCCCAGCCGCCUCAGCCUCGGUUCCAUCUCCCUCUUCGCCGCCGGCAACAACCGCUUCCGCCGCUUCAUUCUCAACAGCACAAACACCAGCACUCAAACACCCAAAACCAGAAACCCAAACAAGAACAACUACAAAACAAACCGAAGUCCUUCUCCAAAGCAACGGCCUCCUCCGCCGGAACCGAAGGUCAACGUGCGGGGUCUGUACCAGAACGGGGACCCACUGGGCAGGAGGGACUUGGGUAAGCUGGUCGUGAGGUGGUUGUCCCACGGGAUGAGAGCAAUGGCGUCGGAUUUCGCCGUGGCGGAGGUGAAGGGGGAGUUCGGGGAGGUGAGGGGGAGGAUGGGUCCGGGCCUGACUUUCGUGAUCCAGGCCCAGCCUUAUCUCACUGCUAUUCCCAUGCCUCUCGGGCUUGAAGCGGUGUGUUUGAAGGCGUGUACGCAUUACCCGACCUUGUUCGAUCAUUUCCAGAGGGAGUUGAGGGAUGUGUUACAGGAGCUGCAGAGGAAGUCUGCGGUUGAGAAUUGGCAGGAGACCCAGUCGUGGAAGCUGCUCAAAGAGCUCGCCAAUUCGGCUCAGCAUAGGGCCAUUGCAAGGAAGGUUUCACAGACAAAGACUGUGCUGCACCAUGGGUUAGGGAUGGAACUGGAGAAGGCCAAGGCUAUUCAGAGCAGGAUUGACGAUUACACAAGGCAGUUAUCAGAUCUACUUCGGAUAGAAAGGGAUGCAGAAUUGGAAUUUACUCAGGAAGAGUUGGAUGCAGUUCCUACACCCGACAAGAGUUCUGACUCGGCAAAGCCAAUCGAGUUCUUGGUUAGCCAUGGACAGGCUGAGCAAGAACUCUGUGAUACCAUCUGCAACUUGAAUGCAGUCAGCACAUUCACAGGCUUAGGUGGAAUGCAUUUGGUGUUGUUCAGGGUGGAAGGAAAUCACAGGUUACCACCCACUACCCUUUCUCCUGGAGACAUGGUUUGUGUGAGAACAUGUGAUGGCAGAGGUGCAGGAGCAAAUUCUUCUUGCAUGCAGGGGUUUGUUAACACCUUAGGAGAGGAUGGAUGUAGCAUCAGUGUGGCUCUGGAGUCUCGGCCUGGUGACCCCACCUUCUCGAAGCUCUUUGGCAAAACUGUUCGCAUUGAUCGCAUUUAUGGAUUGGCUGAUACAAUUACAUACGAGCGCAAUUGUGAAGCACUGAUGACGCUUCAGAAGAAAGGUUUGCAGAAGAAAAAUCCAUCAAUUGCUGUUGUGGCUACACUUUUUGGAGACAAAGAAGAUGUUGCAUGGCUGGAGGAGAAUCAUUUGGCAGAUUGGACCGAAGCAGAAUUGGAUGGAUUACUAGAUUCUGAAAAUUAUGAUGACUCACAGUCUAGAGCAGUUGCCUUAGGUGUGAACAAGAAGCGGCCCGUAUUGGUAAUACAAGGGCCUCCUGGUACCGGAAAGUCAGUUUUGCUUAAAAAACUGAUCCUACUUGCUGUUAGACAAGGGGAGAGGGUGCUUGUAACUGCUCCCACAAAUGCAGCUGUCGACAAUUUAGUUGAAAAACUAUCUAAUAGUGGGGUAGACAUUGUCCGUGUGGGAAAUCCAGCACGAAUAUCUCCUACGGUGGCCUCGAAGUCCUUAAUUGAGAUUGUGAAUGCUAAGCUUGCAGAUUUUCUAACAGAGUUUGAGAGGAAGAAAUCGGAUCUAAGAAAGGACUUGAGACUUUGCUUGAAAGAUGAUUCUUUAGCUGCUGGAAUACGCCAGCUUCUCAAGCAACUUGGAAAGACAUUGAAGAAGAAAGAGAAGGAGACUGUGAAGGAAAUAUUAUCAAGUGCUCAAGUGGUGCUUGCCACUAACACUGGAGCGGCAGACCCGCUGAUCCGCCGGCUGGAUUCCUUUGACCUAGUUGUUGUUGAUGAAGCGGGUCAAGCAAUUGAACCUUCUAGCUGGAUCCCAAUACUGCAGGGGAAGAGGUGCAUUCUUGCAGGUGAUGAAUGCCAACUUGCUCCUGUGAUUCUAUCUAGAAAAGCUUUAGAAGGGGGUCUAGGAAUCUCUCUACUGGAGAGAGCAGCAAAUUUGCAUGAAGGGGUACUUGCUACUAAGUUAACAACACAGUAUAGGAUGAAUGAUGCGAUAGCCAGCUGGGCAUCAAAGGAGAUGUACAAUGGACUACUUAAAUCCUCUUCGAGUGUUGCUUCUCAUCUCCUUGUAGAUUCUCCAUUUGUGAAGCCAACAUGGAUAACACAAUGCCCGUUGCUAUUGCUUGAUACACGAAUGCCAUAUGGAAGUUUGUUGGUUGGUUGUGGGGAGCAUUUGGACCCAGCAGGCACAGGCUCCUUUUACAAUGAAGGGGAAGCAGAUAUCGCUGUGCAACAUGUCUUCUCUUUGAUUUAUGCUGGUGUUAGACCUACAGCUAUUGCAGUGCAGUCUCCUUAUGUUGCUCAAGUGCAGCUGUUAAGGGACAGGCUCGAUGAGCUUCCUGAGGCUGCAGGUGUUGAGGUUUCCACCGUUGACAGCUUUCAAGGCCGGGAAGCUGAUGCAGUUGUUAUCUCAAUGGUUCGGUCAAACACUCUAAGUGCAGUUGGGUUCCUAGGGGAUAGUAGGCGAAUGAAUGUUGCCAUAACACGAGCACGCAAACACGUAGCCGUAGUAUGCGACAGCUCAACGAUAUGCCAUAACACGUUCCUCGCAAGGCUGUUGCGUCAUAUCAGAUACUUUGGGAGAGUGAAGCAUGCCGAGCCUGGUACUUCUGAUGGAUCCGGCCUUGGCAUGAACCCCAUGUUGCCUUCCAUCAGUUAACAUUACCUAAAUCCGAUACGGUAAGUUAUUCUUUCGGUGAAUUCGAACCGGUGAUUUUAGGGGAGAAGGAAUUUGAUUGAUGAUUGUCAUCCCUCAGCGUUUGCCUCCUUGUUUGUUGUUGUAAAGCAUUUGUUUCGAUUUGUAAGUGAUUGCACACAGAACUAGAAGUUAAACGCUGUACAUAAUUGGUAUACGUACAAUUUUUUCUUGUAUAAUUGAAGGAGUACAUUCUGAAUUGAGAAACUAAAGAUGGUACAGAACUUGAUUGUAUUUGCCAAAUAAAUUUAUUAUCUGGUGCG